ACAUUUCGUUUAUCUGUGAAAUUCGGUAUUAAUUUAAUUUGACGUAAAUAAUUGCCAUGUGCAGCAUCGGCGAAGAUGAUUUCGGAGACGAGGGAGCCGCCCACGCCAUGGUGGCGGAAUCCCUGCCCUCGGGAAUCGUGCUCAAUCCCGGGGACUGCAACAAAUGCGGUGUAACCUCCGGCCAGCUCUACAAACUGAACUUCCGGACCGCGGAGUGCCGUGACUGCUUUCUCGCAUUCGCCAGGCACAAGUUCCGGGCCGCCCUGGGUGCAGCCAAGAUCCUGCCCAGAAACGCCGAGGUGCUCCUGGUGCUGGACGGUUCGGCGGAGUCUCUGGUGCUCCUGGACAUGCUGCACUUCGCACAAACACAAAACACGUUCAAAAGACUGCAUUGCAAUGCCCGCGUGGUCUACGUGGAGGAUCAGCAAUUGCAGGGUCGCGAUCCUGUGGAGGUGGAAGCACUCCAGAGUUUAUCCACACAAUAUGCACCAUUUGAGUUCCAUGUUAUUGAGCUGGGCGCCUUGCCCAGCUCCCUGCAGCGGAUCAAGGACUACAGAACUUUCCCUAGGGAAGCCAAUGAGCUUGACCAGAAGCUCCUGAAGCUGCGCUGCCUGACAGCUCGUCAGGAUUACCUGCAGCAGCAGCGCAAGAACCUUAUUGCCUCGGUGGCCCAGAAUCUGCAAUGCACUCAUGUCUUCGAGCCCAGUAUAAGUGUGGAUUUGGCCACCCAGUUGCUGACUGCGAUAGCCCUCGGACGUGGAGGCAGUGCCGCCUUGGAUGUGGCUCUCCUCGACGAUCGGCUGGCUGGCGAAGUCAAGUUACUGCGACCCCUCAAGGAUCUAACGGAGCAGGAGAUUCAAUUCUAUGUACAUGCACAGCGACUGAAGCCGCUGAUCCAGAGGGGCUCUCGUUAUGGGCAGGAGCGUGGACAGACUGCCAGCCUACAGAACCUCACGACCGCCUUUGUAGCUAACCUGCAGCAGAACUACUCCUCCACCGUGUCCACAGUCUUCCGAACUGGCGACAAAAUAGCUGUUAAUACCCAUCCAGAGCAGACCUCUUGUCUUCACUGCCAAUCCUCGCUGGAUUCCACGCUCUCCGACACCCUGCUGGCCAUUGAGUACUCCAGAUCCGUUUCAGAAGCCGGUGUGGGUCUGUAUAAGAACGGAGAAGACCUCGAGGGUUUGGCCAAAAAGCGACUGAACUCGCAAGAUGGGCUGUGCCACGCCUGCCUUUCCAUACAGGCGGAGCUGGAGAGCGGUAAAUUGUUGUAGAAAAAAAUAUAUAUAUUUGUACUCAAA